GAUUUUGGGAACAUACAUACAUUUUUCACAACAUACAGGACCUUUGCCUCUCCUGGUGAGGUCCUAGAAAUGCUCCUCAGCAGGCAUGGAAAGCUGGAGACCUUGAGCUGCAGGGGAGAUGAAAGUCCAGAUUUCUCAGCGGACUCCAGGGCAGUCCUCGGGAAUCCAAUCAUCUUCUUCUUGAAAACUUGGCUGCACUUCAGCCCUGAAGAUUUCAAAGAGCCGCCGAAGUACCACACACUGCAGAAAGUAAUAGCACACCUGAACAAGAACGUCCCUGGCUGUGACGUUGAAAUGGAGGCCAAACACCUCCUCCACCAGUUUCAAAACGAAGCAGAAAAUGAGAGUAAGUUAUAUUUUUUUUCAAGCUAUCACUUCAUCAUCUCCGAAACUGCACUAAAGAAUUGCAUUUUGGGAGGUAAAUGUUAGCAACAAUUAUAUUGCCAGGGCCUAAUCCUGAUAUCACUUACACGACAGGAUCAGGCCCUGUAGACUUUUGGGUUUUUCUGGCUCUGUCCCUGGUG